AUGCUCUGGAAUGCUGUCAUAUUCGGGCCUGAUGACACGCCAUGGGAUGGAGGUACUUUCAAACUCUCACUGCAGUUCUCUGAAGACUAUCCAAAUAAACCACCAACAGUUCGUUUUGUGUCACGGAUGUUUCACCCAAAUAUUUAUGCUGAUGGUAGUAUUUGCUUGGACAUUCUCCAAAACCAGUGGAGUCCAAUAUAUGAUGUUGCUGCUAUACUUACCUCCAUCCAGUCGUUGCUCUGCGACCCUAAUCCGAAUUCUCCUGCAAACUCGGAAGCUGCUAGGAUGUACAGCGAAAGCAAGCGCGAGUACAACAGAAGAGUUCGCGAUGUUGUUGAGCAAAGCUGGACUGCUGACUAG